AUGAGGCGACUACUCCUCUUCAUCAUUGUUUUGCCUCAAAUUGCCUCUGCUGGGUAUGAGGAUGGAGCUCCUGAUGGAUUACCGAGAGUGGGGCAACCACCUAGUCAAGUAUCUCCAGUUCAAAUACCAGGACCACCUGCUGCGAAACCGCCAGCGUAUAAACCACAACCUGUACGGCCACCAGUAGGCAGCCCAGCUCCACCAACCCAGACCCCAAAUGGCUAUCCUACAGCUUUCCAGCCACCAGCACCUACCCGACCCACUCCCCUCCAGUCACCACCACCUACCCGGCUCCCUGUUGGAACGCCACCUUCCCGGCCUCCUGUUAGAACGCUACCUACCCGGCCUCCUAUUGAAACGUUACCUACCCGGCUCCCUAUUGGAACGGCUACAACGCCAGUAGGCGGCCCAGCUUCACCAAUCCAAUCCCCGAUUGGCCGUAAUACAACUUACCAGCCAACAGCACCUACACGACCCACUCCCCGGCAGUCACCACCACCUGUUAGUCCGCCUCCUACCCGACCCCUUGUUCGUCCGCCUCCUACCCAACCCCCUGCUGGAACGCCACCUAUCCGGCCUCCUGUUAGAACGCUACCUACCCGGCCUCCUAUUGAAACGCUACCUACCCGGCCCCCUGUUAUAACGGGUACAACGCCAAUAGGCAGCCCAGCGUCACCAACCCAGUCCCCAAAUGGCCGUAAUACAACUUACCAGCCACCAACACCUACCCGACCCACUCCCCUCCAGUCACCACCACCUACCCAGCCUCCAAUUGAAACGGGGACGAUGCCUGAUGGAAUCGGUCAGGCACCUCCGUCCAAUCCAGCUUUUGAAGCCUGCAUUCAGACGAAUCCAAGAGAACAGGACGCCGUACUCCUCUCUCCAGUUGGUUUUGCGGCUUCAAGUCCCUUCGCUUCGUCGCUUCAGGCAUCCGACAUUUUCUCAGAACCGACCGAACGCAAUCAAUGCCUGAGCAUUCAGUGUAUAUGCCAGUUUGCUAGAGGCAGGUACUCCAAUAACCGAUGUGUGCUGCCGGACGGUCAAGUAUACGGUAAAGCAUAUCGUAAAGAAUUUCGUAUGAUGACUGACGACGAACGUAACAGGUUCCGAAAUGCGAUGUGGGGUAUACGCACUACACAGUACUUGACUCUGUCGAGACUGCACUCCAGCUAUGUGACAUCACCUGCUGCCCAUUCUGGACCUGCAUUCUUGCCCUGGCAUCGAGAGUUUAUUAAAAGGUUCUUAGUCAUAAUUUUUGUCUCUUUAUUUUAA